UCAUUCUUUUCCACAGUCCCUCUCAUAUACUCAUUGCAUUUGAUCACUUCACUUGGCCUGCUGCAUUUGCAUUUGCAACCCUUUCCUCACAAAAAAUGGAGCCACGCAGUUUCUACUCUCUGCUGUUUCUUUUGCUUGCUUUAGCUUCUGUAAACUCAGUGCAUGGCCAAGGGACACGUCAAGGGUUUUAUUCCAGUUCGUGUCCUCGUGCCGAGUCCAUUGUUAAGUCCACAGUUCAAUCCCACGUUAAGUCUGAUCCUACUUUGGCUGCUGGCUUGCUUCGGAUGCACUUCCACGAUUGCUUUGUGCAAGGUUGUGACGGUUCUGUUCUCAUUUCCGGUUCUAACACUGAGAGAACAAACUUUGCUAACCUUGGUUUACGAGGAUUUGAGGUUAUCGAUGAUGCAAAGACACAACUCGAGACUGCAUGCCCCGGUGUUGUGUCUUGUGCUGAUAUCCUUGCCCUUGCUGCCCGUGAUUCCGUUGUUCUGAGCGGUGGACUGAGCUAUCAGGUUCCUACUGGACGCAGAGAUGGACGCGUAUCACAGGCCUCUGACGUGAAUAACUUGCCUGCUCCUUUUGACUCUGUUGAUGUUCAGAAGCAAAAAUUCACAGCCAAAGGCCUCAACACUCAAGACCUCGUCACCCUUCUUGGUGCACAUACCAUUGGAACAACAGCUUGCCAGUUUUUCAGUAACAGAUUAUACAACUUCACUGCAAACGGUCCUGAUCCUUCCAUCGACCCUUCAUUUAUUUCUCAACUACAAUCGCUAUGCCCACAAAACGGUGACGGUUCAAAACGCGUUGCCCUAGACACGGGUAGUCAAACAGCAUUUGAUUUAUCUUACUAUAAUAAUUUGAGGAGAGGACGCGGAAUUCUGCAGUCUGAUCAAGCCCUCUGGAACGAUGCUUCCACUCAGAAAAUUGUGCAGGGGUACUUGGGCUUGAUAAGAGGGUUGCUUGGAUUGAAAUUCAACGUGGAAUUUGGAAAAUCUAUGGUGAAGAUGGGAAACAUUGAGUUGAAGACUGGCACUGAUGGUGAAAUUCGCAAGAUUUGUUCUGCCAUCAACUAGCCACUUCAAACAAUUAAUAUAUUGCUUCAAAAGCUGGUUUUAUUUUGUCUCUGUUAUUGGUAUAUGCAUCUCAAGUGUAUCAUGUACCGAUAUCUUUUCAUUUUGGAAGUGUAAAAUUUACAGAAAAUUGAUGUGAUACAAUAAAUAUAGUCUUUUUAAA